CACCAUAUCCGAUGAAGAGAGAUCAAGUUCGGAAGUGCCGAUUGUGUCCGAAGUGUCACCGAAAUCCACCGAAAGAGAAUAUGAUAAAAGCGUGAGAGAUGAGCAUGGUGGGGACUGCCAGUCCAUAUAUGAAGAGCAUUCAUAUUUGUCAACAGAUUCAGUAAGACGUCUGUCAACCGGUCAUGUAAAUCAUGAACAAUGGCAAACUUAUUCUUUCAAUACAUCUGAACAUUUUCGGAUCCGGGUCAAAUUCAUUUCUUUCAACCUGGUACCCGGUAUUGAUUUCAUCAGCAUCGGCGAUGGACUCAAACCGGAUAGUACCCAUAAUGCAAUGUUUACAAGUGACGAACAGUACACCACCUUGGCGAAGUUCAGCGGACGCACGAUGACAAGUCACGUGACUUCGCUCAGGAAUGAAGUCUGGAUAGGUUUUUACAUUAAUUCAAUUUCAGCAUCCUUUUCAUUGGAGAUCACAGCCGUCAAUCAAACAGAUGAAAUCACCCUGGAUACAACGGAUAGUUAUUUCAUUCAGUCUCCUGGCUAUCCUGCCGAAUACCCCCAAAACUGCUACCGAUUUUGGAAAUUUCAAGCAGUCGAUGGAUUUGUCGUAUCCGUCAUCGUUCACCACUUCGAUCUCGAGUUUAAUAGGGACCAUCUCUACAUCGGAGAAGGUGCAAGUAGGUUCUCAAACCAGAUGGAUAGGUGGCAUGAUCUAACUGGGAAUUUGAUCGAAAUCAGCGAGUAUCGAUAUUUCAUUUCUCUUUGGUCCCCGGUACUGAUCAUAUUCACAACGGAUUUCGUCACCGUCGAAUCCGGUUUUCAGAUUGAACUGCGAGCGAUGGAACAAGUUGCUCAGUCUACACUACAAAGUGUAACCAUGGUAUAUGGUGUAACUACCAUACCAAUAUCUUCAUCCCCAUCGGAACGGGAUAGCAAUGACGUCAUUACAUUGGAAAGCAGUGCUGUACAUCCAGGAACAACAAUAAAUGGGGUACUGAAAAUGCAAUGGACGACCAUCUCGAGUAAGUUCUCAAUAAUCUUCGGUGCUCUUUCUGCAUCAUUCUCUCUCAUCUUGCUAGUGAUCCUCCUGCGUUAUGUGGGGAUGAAAUUUAGACGAUGCCACCAUGAUCACUUAACACAGGCAGAAGGAAGGAUAUACUGCACUGUCACAGAUUCGGCACCAGUAUUACCCCCUCGUAGAUUCAUCAGACAACACGCCUCUCCACUCUCUGCCUCUCCACCCGACGUUCACAGACACGCUUUUUUAGAUGACGAAAGUGACAGCACCAUGGAUAUUUUAAAGAACAGUCAUGCUUUGGAAGAUGAAGUUUUUAGCGAGGUUAAAUACACCCCUUAUCCGAGUCAACAAGUUGCAUUUGAGUCCUCAAAAUUCGAUGGCGCGUAUGCCUGCGUACCCGAUCCCCUAGGCAAGUAUACCUUCGAUGAAAGUGAUGAAAUUGACAAGUUCGGUUUUGAUAGGCCUGUUUCACGAGCAUGUGAUGUACACGAGGUGUCUGGCGCUAAACCUCGUGCCAUAUGUAACAGAUGUGGACUUGAGAAGGUCCAAUAUGAUUGGUCAGCAGCUGACGACAGUCAAGUUAAGAGGUAUGGACCUGGAGAGGGGUGUUCUGAACAUUCAUCACCAAGACGUGUAAGACCUAACGAUAGGUAUGGUAAAGAUGAUUUUGUCGUCUCACGCGGUGCUACCUCGAAAUCUGAUGACGAUUCUUCAAGUGUGAUGUCGUGCAGGUCAGGACUUGGUGGAAGCAGAUUAAGUGAAUCAUCUAAUGACAACCGUUGUUGUUGUCUACAUAGUAAUGAAUGGUUACAAUCAGAUGAGUCUUGUAACUUUCCUCCUUCCAAGGUUAAGGAAUUGUCCACAAAAACAUCAAUAAUGUCGACAGAGGAUUUGAGAUUUUCACAUUGUGACGUUGACGAAUUCGGCUACCUCAUCUGCGAAACGUCGACACCGAAAAGCGGUGGAUUUCGGCAACUUACGUCCAACCGUGACGAGAAAUUACGUUACCGUGGUAGCAGCGAUCAUUGGUCAACGUCAGAUGAACUCGAUUCGUCUCCUAACAUAUAUUCGGUGAGAGAAUCAGUCUCAAGUAGUUCAACAAUCGAGCACACCUAUCUUGAGAGAGAGUACAUUGAAUAACACUGUGACCGAGACCUAACGUAUGAUAACAUGAUUGUGACCUCAAAUUUAAAUUCGUAAAAUAUAAAAGAGUGACUUACAUUAGCUAGCGUAAAGAUGGUUACAUCAUACAUGGAAUACUGGGGUGCACAAUAAUUUUAGUUGAUUAUCUGGUUUAUUCAUAACAUGAAGACUACAUUCAUGCAGUACAAAUUUGCAAGAGAUUUUUAUGGACUCCAGGCUGAAAAUAUUGUGAUGAAACAGAUAUCGGAUGAAAAUAACGAACAUGUGACAUUUAAAGUUUAGCAUUAUGUAAUUGAAAAGUUUUAUGCACGUCUUCGUGAAUAUGCAACGUGUUGACUAAGAUUUUUACUCGUUCGAUCUGAAUGAUUUUCAACCUGUAACUAAUACCUCAGUCACAUUUAGUCUGAGGCGGCCGUACGGCGAGUAGAAAAUCCGUUUUAACACAUUUUUUGUAAUAGCUGCACACACUGGCGUA